UUUCUCUUAGACCCAUCCUACUUCUUGGUAGUAACUUGUCAUGACUAGCCGGAGGAAAGCUGCACAGUGUUAAUGUUUGACAACUAGGAAGAACACAUACUUUCAUACGGUUUAUAUAUAUUAAGCUUCUGUUGUUGUUUUGAACGAUAAAGAGGAUAACACAACACACCAAUCAUGGAGGUGCUGGUGCUUGUGGACUUUGAGGGCACCAUGCCAGACGAGCUCUCGGUGAAGAUGGGGGAUGUGGUGAAGAACGUCACCAAGAAUGCAGAGGAAGGCUGGCUGUACGGAGAACUGAGGGGAAAGAAGGGCAUCUUUCCUGCGAACUUUGUUAAGGAGGUGCCAGUUUAUUUGAGGGGAGAUACAAAAAUGGAACCACGCAGUAUUAGACAAAUAAAAAAGAUCAAACAGCCACGGAGAUGUGAGGCCAUCUAUGCCUACGCCCCCCAAAACCAGGACGAGCUGGAGCUGUGUGUUGGAGACGUCAUAGACAUCAUGAAUGAGAUUGAAGAUGGAUGGUGGAUGGGUAUUAAAAAUGGAAAAGUCGGAGCAUUUCCAUCCAACUUUGUAAAGGAAAUUAUCGUUAAAGAUACAAAGAUAAAUGAGGGUAAAUCCAGACCUAAACUCUCAGAUGCUCUUUUUACAAAGGACAAUUCAAAACAAACAAGUAUCAGAAAGAAAGUAAAAAGUGUGGAGUUUUGCAAGGUGAUGUUUGAUUACAAGCCCAAAGCUGAGGAUGAGCUGGAGCUGAAAAAAGGAGAUGUGGUAGUUGUCCUGAGUAAGGAAUCGGAGGAUGAAGGCUGGUGGCAGGGAGAGCUGAAUGGACGCUGUGGCUUCUUUCCUGAUAACUUUGUCAUGUUGAUACCACCAAUGAGCAGUCUGCAGUUUGAUGGCGCAAAUCAGCCUCCAACACGUGGCAACACCUUAAAACGUCCAGUGAAAGCUGAGCCUCCAGUUAUGGAUAAAAAUGGUGCAGCAAAACCAAAAGAUGAAAAAACUGAGCCCAAAGACUUGAGAAGCAAUCCUCCAACUAAAGUCAAGCUGCCUUCCCUCCCUCGGACUCCUCCAGUCAAGCCCGUCUCAAAGCUUUCCCCAAAUGCUAACGGUGAAGCUGCACCUCCUUCUCCAAAACCAGUGGAAGAGAAAGCAAAGGACCAGUUUGAUGGUGUUGACAUCCAGACAGAAAAGCUGAGCCAUCCUACAGCGAAUAGGGCCAAACCCCCUCAGAGGAGACCCCCUACAAACCAGCCCCAGGGAGCACAGGAAAGUGACGGUGAUAAGACAGAAGCAGAGUCUACACCCAAAACGUUCCAGGAAAACAAACCAUCUGAUCUGAAAAAGCCAACAGAAAAUGCUCUGGCUUCUCCUGCAAAACCUGAACAGCCCUCGAGGACCCCCCUUCCAGUGCGGCCUACUCCUCCCAAAGUCUUGCUGGAUGGGAAAGUACUGCCUGGAAGAGACAAGCCCACAGUGGAGAGUCUUCAGGCAGAACUCCAGGAGCUGAGGUUGGCUUUGGAGCUGCUGCAAACUCAAUACAAACAUGACAUGCAGGAAGUGAAAAACGAAUUACGAGAAGAAAAAAACAAAAGAACAGCACUCCAGGGGGAAGUUCAGGCACUGAAGAUGAAGAAGUGAUGAACACAACUGCUGAUCCUUACAAAACAAAGCAGAAAUACAGAGUUUUACACUGGAACGUGGUUCAGAUAGCAUCAGCGCACUGAGCAAUGGACACGGCAAUACUGGAUCAUAUAAUCCAUACAGACUUAAACUUCACAAAUGUUACUGUUUUCUAAAUGCUGGAAAUUUCAUAAGAGCAAAGACUAAGUUUAUUUUAUUAGUAUUACUAAGUAAUAUUGUUGGUGACUAGCAUUCCAAUGAGAUGUUUUAUUGUUGAACACCAAGGGGCAUGUUUACCUCAUUACCAGAACUAUUCUUCUACUGAACUGUUCAUAUGUAUUGAAUGUAAUGUAAUGUGUUGGUUUUCAAGUAGUUUGAUAUGGAAUCCUUUUUCUAUCUUUCUUUCUUCAUGAUUUUAUUGUCAGUUGUUUUAAAGGUGUAAUUUUUUGGUUGGGGGUUCGUCAUUUGCUAAUUUCUAUGGAUAUGGCAUUGCUCUGCCUGGAAUGUUCCACAGUAUGGCAUUAAACAGCUCUACCUUAUAUUUAUUAAAUGACAGGUGGUUUUAUAACUCAAAAUACCUAGAAAAACAGUCAUUUUGACUGUGAGCGGGGUUGCCUCUCCACAGAUCUGACCUGUAACUUGGUCUAUUCUGGUCUCCAUGAAGAUAGAAAGGCUUACUACCAUACUGUGAAACACUCCAGAGUAACUUCUGUUGGAAGAUUCGCAACCUGCUUGUUUUCAUGGAGACAGUAUUGUGUUGCCUUGAAAGUGACACAUGACAUUGAACUUUUCUAUAUCCAUGGAGACAAGCAGAAGAGGCUACCAGGCAAAGUUACAGGUUAGAUUUGGGAAGGCAACCUCUCUCACAGUAAGAACACGUGCUUUUCAGUGUAUUUUUGAGCACAAACACACCCUUAACUGUGUAAAUGAUAUGUGUUCAUAAGUCGAAUGCCGUACUGUGGUAUAUUCAAAGCAAAGCAAUGACAUCAGCAAGGAAACAAGCAGAUGGCAGACCGUCUACCAAAAAAGUUACACAGUGCAACAUUCAACACAUUAUUUUAUUAUUUUAUUUUCCUACAAACUAUUUGGGAACCAUUGUAAUGCUGUAUACAGCCACUGGGGGGCAGUGCAUACCCGUGUACGUGUGUAUAUAUAAAGCGGCGCAAUACGCUCACUUACUGUUAUGAUGUUAACUAUGCAAAUAGAUUAGAGGUAAACCAAUUUUGAUAAAACGAGAGCAAUAACGACUGAAAGGCUGUACACACGGGGUGUAUCGGGGCGUAUAUAAACAUGGUGAUAUUGGGAAAGUCA